UACGAUUUUCUUAUACCCGUCGAACUCGACUGUCAUCCCCAGUGUUCACCAACGUCCAUGUUUGAUAUCAUAUGCAACCACAAUCCACGACGCAGGCAUGCAGUCUAACGACGCUUGUCUGGUCAAUCGUUUUGCAAAGCAUUCGGCGUGGCUUCGUGGUUCUGGUUUUGUGCCAGCAUACAAAGAUCCAUUCACCCCUGGACAUUUUCUUGUUUUGAUUCGACUGGACCAUAGAAGGCUUUUCAUUGUUACGUGGCCAACACUAUUGUUCCUUGCGCUGUAUGCUUUGUUGUGCUUCUUGGGAGCAACAAUGAUGAUAUGUUUUCUACAAAUCUGCCAUCACACCUUCUCUGACAUCCUUCAAUCCUAGCACCACAAUUCUGAAUGGUUAGUGAAAUUCGACGCUUGUCGACAGGUCAAAUCACUAUUUGUGUAGUGGGUUUAGAGCUUUCUUAUCAAACCUCUACCAUCAAACAAGCCUAACCUAGCUCGCUUGAUGUACCACUGUUCCGUCCCAGAGAGAAUCAUCAGGAUGCCGAAACUCGUAUCAAGAGCGACAUCAAAGCUUUGCCUUGUAGGCUGAGAGGGCCAGGUCGCCUGAUCAGACUUCUAUGCCCGUCUCGAAUCGAUACUUGUCAAUGGCACAAUGGCAUCAAUCGAUGCGUCGCCGAUGUCAUAUUGCACAAUAUCCAGCUUGAGGUGGGCUUCCGCUUGAAUAAUCUCGUCGCACAUUCCAAGCUCCUCCAGGGCGAUCAGUUGGACCGUAUCUGGAGACUUCGGGAGUUGCACGCUCUGUGGUUAGAGCCCGAAAACUUUGCAGAGACUUUUCGCAUUUCGCCUAAUUGGGUCAAAUGGGACUAUCAGGCUAACCAUUGUGAUGCUUGCAUCUUGUCUCGGAUCUCUGGAAAUCUCGAAAUCCUGCUCGAUCUUCGGUGCAUGAUCAAAUCACGAGCAACAAGCAAGUAUGUGGCAAAAUAUGGUGACCCCCCGUUGCUCAAAUGGGUCAUGACUUGGAUCGAGACCAUGUUGUCCUCUGUGGAAAGAUCAACCGGCCAGCGCGUUAAAAUCACCGACCAAAUCGAGAUCAAUGACCGGCGGUCGGUAGAGUUCAAGCGAUUGCGAGCCAGAAUUCACAUUAAGAAAAAGAUGGAAAAGGCAGAAGCUGGUCCCAGCAAGGAGGAACAAGCUCCAGCCGUGCAAUCUUCAGGGCACGACCUGCCCGACUCUUUUGCAGAUCAAGGUGAAGAUAUCGUGGCUUCAAAGAAGUCUAGGAGUAUACAUGUCCCUGCUUCUGAAUUUCAAGAGCACAUCUCGGACGAUGCUCUUUCCGCGAUCGACUCCUACGCUGCUCUGAAAAGCUCGCUUGUUCUUCCUAUGCCAACAGUCAACGAUGACGACGCUCAGAACGCCAGUUCCGGACCAAAUCAGCAACCUCGUGUCGACAACGACCAAGGAAGUACUUUUUCCAACCCGCGUGCGCAAUGGAAAAAGGGGGCAUCGAGAAUCUAUCCUCAUGCUGCCACUUAUGUGAACCCUGCGUCCACUGUCGUCUCUAAAGCUACCGCGUGGGAUAGUGUCGUCUUUGGAAGUCAAUAUGCCUCCGGCUUCGACGGGAAUGCUCACCCAUCGGGCGUGGAUCUUCGCUCUGGCGUUCCGGGCAAGCAAACCUCAAGUUCUCAUCCAGCUUCAACCAUCGUCGAUAGCAACGGAUCCAUCGUGUCAUCCACCGGGGGCCAAGCACGAAAGUCGAAGCCAUCUUCGCAUAGUGACUUCGAGCGCAAGUAUGCAGAAAGUGGCAAGCCAGUUCCUCCAUCUGCUGCUCCAUCUUCUACCUGCUACUCACGCCAACCGAGCAGCUCGAGGGAUGCUCGAUCUGAUCGAACUGCUGCUACGAGCACGAGAUCUGGAUCGAGCUACGGUCCUUGCUAUCCGCCUAUUAGAGUACAGGGGGGGAAUACUGCCGACUCCUACCUGAAACUGGUGGAUCAUUCGCCAUUUUCCACUGGCCGAGAAGCGCCAGCUUUCAAAGACGUUUCGUACGGUGGUCGCAAAGAUAGUCAUCGCACACAGCUUUCCUCCAACAACUUGAGCCCAACUACAAAGCCAACAUUCAAAGUCUCACAUUCAAAGCCGCUCUCAGCCCAUCGAGAGACCUCGACGAAUCGGCACCGACAGGAUAGUGUCGCAUUGACAGAAAACUUUUUAAAAGAGUUUGAACAGCUGGAACGAGACCUGAGCCCACACGGACCCGGCUCUUCUCGCCGUCGUAUUCAUCAUGGCCGCAGCCAGGACACCGUAGGAACCUCCAUCUUGUAUCCGUCCAGCAACACCAUCUCGCCAGAAUCUGUCGAAGCACUGACUCCAACUGGUCUUAGACCGGUCAGGAACGGUAAAUCUCGAGAACAGUCACGGUGCAAGGAGCAGAAAGCAUCGAAGCAGCAUCAAAUGUCGCGAAAGGAUAGCUAUGAUUGCAACUCUGAAGAGUCCAGACGUUCAGCUGCACCUCGGCUCAAGGCUUCAAGAAGCAAUGACGUGCACAGUCGGAAGCACCGAGAUGCAGCAUCGAGUUCAAGAGCACAUCACAAAUGCACUCCGUAUGGAGACACAGCGUCAUCCAGGAUGGGCUCCCAAGCCACUGGCUGGUCUGACGCGUAUGGCGCGGGACUGAAGGAAGGAGAGGAUGUGCAAUGGUAUUAUGGUGGCAAAUAGAAGACUAGUCACAGUGAUGGGAUCUUGGGAGGCCAGUUUUCCAGGUACGAAGGUAACACAUGGGUAGUAAUGG